GUCACGUCAGUGUUGUUCUCACAGCAACCGAGGACGUACAGUAGGUGGUGAUUAUUAAGUGUUGCGUACGCUACUACUCACAGACAAGAGAAUGGUGAGCCAGAUUGUCAUGGUGGUGGGCCUGGUGUUCUGCCUCGCGUCAACACAGGCACAAGUCUUCUUCAGAGGGAGAUGCCCCAAAACACCUAUCAUUAAAGACUUUGACUGGCACCGGUACCUGGGCAGAUGGUUCGAACAGGAGCGAUAUUUCGUGGCCUACCAGACAGUUGGUCGCUGCUGGAGUGGUACUUACAUCAAGAACAAACACACUGGCAAGAUUUCAGUCAGACUCGACUUUUGGGACGUAGUGUUCAACAAGCCAAAAGUAAUCACAGUGAACGUGAUCCGGAAGAAACCGUACGAGCAACCUAACCGCCUCACGUACACCAUCCCCAACGUACCAGUCUUCGAGGACAACUAUGAGGUCCUUGCCACCGACUAUGACAACUGGACCCUCGAAUACGCCUGUGUGGAGAAGCCGCCUUUUGGACACACCCGGAUAGCGUGGAUCUUAACCAGGAAGCCUCAUCCCUCCUACAGCGUCAUCAACCAAGCUAAGGAAACCCUCACUUACUUGGGCAUCGACGUGUCCUACCUGAAGAAGCAAGACACCUCCUGCUACCAAUCCUAUAAAGGUUGACAGUGUUAACCAUGACCCCGUGGCCUUUGAUGACCUAGAAUAGAAAUCGCUGGCACAAUAUUUCCAAGGGUCAGUUCCAGGAAUCAUAGCAUAAAGUUUAUUUGUUUUGCUCCAAAGACACGAUAUGAAUGGUAUAUUUACACACAUACACAGAGCUGGUACACACACACACACAGAGCUGGCACACCAAAUUGCAUUAAGAUCCAUACCAUUGUUGACAGUGAAGAGAUUGAUUCACUCUGGUUGACAUACAAUACCUUCUCCUUAUAUUUAUAUAUGAACAUUAAUAUUUAUUUUCUUUGUUUUUAUUCGCUAUUGGGGGAUUUAUUUAUAUUCUUAAUCUAGAGUUUAAAUUAUUUAUGCUAUAUAUGUUGUUGUUGUUACUUUUGUUGCAUUAUCGUCAUGGACAAUAGAGUGGUUGUAACUCUCGACAGGAGCUGGCAUGCAUAGGCUAACCGGCCUAUUGCAGACUCCUUAUUUUCUUAUGUCGUCAUCAUCAUCAUUAUUGUGAUUACUCUCUUGAGUAAAUCUGUAUAUUUUGUAA